AUGAAUCUUCCAGAGGAAAUCUUAGUGGAAAUUCUAUCAAGGCUUCCUGUUAAGUCUCUCCAUCGUUGCAUGUGUGUAUCCAACUUGUUUUCUUGUUUAAUAUGUGAUCCCCACUUCCAGAACAAGCACCUCCGACAUGCCCAAAGUUGUAGCAAUUUGGAAUCUAAAAGACUGCUUGCUAAUAUUGAUUUUGAUCUCAGGGUAUCUUGCUCGUUAUUUUCUGCUUGUUAUAACAACACAAUCGCCUGGAGACCUAACUAUGCUGCUAGCAAUAACAAUGAAGUUAGGAAAAAUUUCAUAUCGGUGGUUGUUCGUUGCUCGCAUGUUAACGGUUUAUUCUGCGUGUCUUUUGGACCCCCGUUAGGUUGUUUUGAUUGGUUUGAGAUAUGUCUUUGGAAUCCUACCAGCAAUGAGUUAAGACGACUUCCCAAUUCUUCUUCACUGAGUCAUGAGGAAACAGAACCCCAUUAUGGGUUGGGUUAUGACUCAGCCAAUGAUGAUUAUGUAGUUGUGAGGCUCAUCACAAAUCGAAAUGAUAUGAUUACGAAGAAAAGGUCUAUCAGAGUCGAAUUAUACUCUUUGAAAACUGAUUCUUGGACGACCCUAAUUCAACCUUUCCCUUAUACUACUCUUUGCGAUUCUAGAAACACUUAUUUUGACUGUCACUUUGUGAAUGGUAGAUUCCAUUGGAUGGUCCUUUGUGACAAAUCCGGUUAUCAUGAUUUCUCACCUGUGAUUGUGUCCCUAGACUUGUCAAAUUAUGAAUACAAAGAUAUACCACAACCUAAUUACACAAAGGUGCCAAAUACUUUUGUAGGUUAUGGAGAUGCCAUUGAUAUAGUUGUCCUAGACGGCCUGCUUUGUGCCUGCUGCAAUUACUUUGAACGUGGUUCUUUUGAUUUGUGGACAAUGAAAGAUUAUGGGGUCCAACAAUCUUGGACGAUGAUGCUCUCAAUCAGUAAUAAAGAUAUUCUGGCAUCUGUUAAUUUGUCAUAUAGUUAUUUGGUUCCGUUGUACUUGUUUGAAAAUGGUGGUGUUUUGCUCAAGACAUAUGGAACCGCUAAACACAAGAUAUUGGUUUACAAGAAAGAAUUCAAGCAAACUCUUGGUCGUGAAAUUAGAGCUAGUAAUAUCUAUACAGAGACCCUAAUUUCUCCACAUCGAUAUAUCGGUACCCCUGCCUCUUUAAGAAUCAUCAAACUUCUAAUGGGGGUCUCCAGGGAUAGGCUUAUUCAAUAUGUUUCUUAUUAG